AUUGUAUUUAACAAAUUAUUUUAUUUAUUAAAAUAGUUAAUUAUUAUAACUUAAAUUUUCAAAACAUGAUGAAAACCCUAACAAUUACUAUUGUUUUACUAUUUGCGUUGGCAGCCGAGUCGCACCGGCUAUCACUGCCGGACCCAUCACUGGACUUAGUGGACGAACUCAAAAAACAACUCGUAGCCAUAAUCACCGAGACCGAUCAGGAGCUAACCAAACUGACCAAGGCUGGCCGAGCGUCGGAGGGCGCUCAACUGACCAAGUUCAAACAGACCGCAGCGCAGCUGCAGCUGUUUUUAGCGCAGGAUCCGUCGCCCGAUGUGUUGCCAGUAAUACAAUCAGAUAUACAACUGUUAGACAUAGAGGUUAAGGAGGAGAUCAAGCGCCUGGAGGGCCCGCCCGGAGUCGAUACAGGUGUUAACGGUUACGAUCACGUGAUUGAUGAGCUAUUGAUAGAGGCGUCGAAACUCAGAGCUAAGGCAUUGGCGUUGAUCUCAAAGCUCCGGUCAGAGGGUAAGCACGCGUUGGCCGACGGGUUGGCAAAGUUGGAGGCAGUGGUGGCUAAAGGGGCCGAAGCCCUGAGCAAACUGGACCCGCAGUCAGUGUUGGUUAAAAAGGCUGAGGAUUUGCUUAAGAAAGCGAUUAAUGUUUUAGAGGCAGAGAUUAAGCGCCUGGAAUCACAAUAG